AUGCGGGCCCGGUCUGCGGGUGUCCACGCGUACCGGGGCUCGGGAUGGGAUCGUGGUGAGCAGUUAAGUACAGGUGUCCCACAUGCGACCCCGCUGAAGGCUGAGGACCGGAAUGAAGUAGUGCUCGGAGGUGGGACCCACAGCCAACUGGUCACGUUUGUCUACAAAGACAAAUCUCUGAAGAUUCUGAAAAUCAGCAGCUACACUAAUGAGUGUUUGUCUGCGUCAGAGGAGAUGGUCCGAUACAGCCUGCAGCCCAGGUCCAUGUGUGUUGGUGGUGGACACCUCUUCCCAGAUGAGCAAACAGGCUCUGAGAGGGUAAGUGACUUACCCAAAGCCAAGGUGCCCAGGUUCUGGCGCCUGGAUCUACUUGAGGCCCAGGAACAGGACUUCGUGCACAGCUCUUCCCACCAUCGCCACCUGCUGGUGGAUGUGGCUAUAUCACAUCUUAGAGAAGAGAGCAUGGUGGCUGAGACCGGAGUUGUGUACAGGUUCUUGGCUCCAGGGAAGCUGACCAUCUUCCCCACGGGGAAACUGAGUCCAAAGAGGUGGAGUUACCUGUGCAACUGGAGGGCAGUACAGGGGCAUGAAGCCCAGCAACUUGGCACCCCACUUGCCCUCCCUGCAGCUGAGGCAGCGGUGGAUAUAAUGUGGGCCACGCCCAGCCCCGAGUUUGCCUUCCGUGAGGGCUGUGGCUGUCACGGACACACUGGCAAGGUCAGGAGCUGCUGGGCUGAGCCGCCUGCUCCCCCUGCAGGGCUGCUGUCCCAGAGCCUGGAGUUCAACUCCCCGGCAGACAACUAUACCGUGUGCGAAGGUGACAACGCCACCCUCAGCUGCUUCAUUGAUGAGCAUGUGACGCGGGUGGCCUGGCUGAACCGCUCCAACAUCCUGUACGCGGGCAACGACCGCUGGACCAGCGACCCACGUGUGCGGCUGCUCAUCAACACUCCUGAGGAGUUCUCCAUCCUCAUCACCCAGGUGGCACUGGGUGAUGAGGGCCUGUACACCUGCUCCUUCCAGACCCAACGCCAGCCCUACACCACGCAGCUCUACCUCAUUGUCCACGUGCCCGCCCGCAUCGUGAACAUCUCCUCACCUGUGACAGUCAAUGAAGGGGGUGACGUGAACUUGCUCUGCCUGGCUGUGGGGCGGCCGGAGCCCACGGUCACCUGGAGGCAGCUCCGAGACGGCUUCACCUCGGAGGGCGAGAUCCUGGAGAUUUCCGACAUCCAGCGGGGCCAGGCCGGGGAGUACGAGUGCGUGACCCACAACGGCGUGAACUCGGCGCCCGACAGCCGCCGGGUGCUGGUCACAGUCAACUAUCCCCCGACCAUCACCGACGUGACCAGCGCGCGCACCGCCCCGGGCCGGGCCGCGCUCCUGCGCUGUGAAGCCAUGGCUGUGCCGCCCGCGGACUUCCAGUGGUACAAGGAUGACAGGCUGCUGAGCAGUGGCGCGGCCGAGGGCCUGAAGGUGCAGACGGAGCGCACCCGCUCCAUGCUGCUCUUCGCCAACGUGAGCGCCCGGCACUACGGCAACUACACGUGUCGCGCCGCCAACCGGCUGGGAGCGUCCAGCGCCUCCAUGCGGCUCCUGCGCCCAGGAUCCCUGGAGAACUCGGCCCCCAGGCCCCCAGGGCCCCUGACUGUCCUGUCUGCCCUGGGCUGGCUGUGGUGGAGGAUGUAGGCACCGCGGGCGUCUCCCCCUGCAGGGGGCCUCGGGCCAAGAGAGGAGACUAGGGGGAGAGAGAAAGCGCCAUUGAGUCAGGAGGGGGCGAAAGAGCUCUCAGCCAUGGAGGAAGAGGAGAGGAAGAAGAGGAGAAAGAAGAGGAGAAAGAAGAGGAGGAAGAAGGAGGAGGAGAAAGAUCUUUAGAAAACCCGUCACUGUGAGGGAUACUGUAAAAUUGUCCAUCUUUCUACAGCCAUUCUCGCCACCCGUUCACCGUUCCGAUUGUGACCCACCCCCGGCCACCCCGCGCCCUUCUCUUAGCUCAGGCUGUCAACUGGCUCGUGUGUGUCUGUGUGUGUGGAUGGGGUGUGUGAGUGUGAGCCCACACGUGUGUGUGUGUGUGUGUGUGUGUGUGUGUGUGUAUGGUGGGCUUGAGGGGUGGGAUGGAUCAGCAGUCGUCCAUCCCUCCCACCCUGUGUCCUCCCCCCCCAGCCCUGCUGCCUCUGUGCUGGCGGUUGGGAUGGGGUCCUCGUGGUGACAGGAGACGCCCGCCUUUCCCAUAUAUGCACGCACACCGACCCCUCCCCUCGCUCGGGAAAGGCACCUCCUGCGCAGCCGCUGUGGCUCAGCCUGGUGACUGGGUCGGGGAUCUCCAUUCUGGCUGCUUUCCCUCUGCUCUGCCACCAGCUGCCUGUCGCCAGAAGCCCCACCACUGGCUUAGGGGCCUGAAACCUUCCCCCUUCCCCUGUUUCCCUCCCCCACCCCCACCCCGAACUUUCUGGCCCCCUUCCUGGGCCAAUCGGUGCUUCCAUACAACUGUCAGGCCGGCGGCUAGGCUGUCGCCUGUCUGUCUCAGUGCUUUGCCCCACCCCCAUCACCGCUCCCCACCUUGGCCACCAGCUGCUCCUCGGGUCCCCUGCAGCUGGUCCCCAGGUGUGGGAUCCCCGGUGUCUCCACCAACUGUACCUCCCAAAGGCUGACCUGACCGCGCUCACACACACUCAAACACACACGCACCAGCGCCUGUGACCAGCAAUAUCUCCUGGCUCCCGCCGUCCCGUAGGCAGUAACCAGGACUGCACUCAAGGUGGACCCUGCGGUCAGGGAUGGGGCGCCGAAAAGCGGGGCCUGAGCUCCAGGAUGGCCGGAAUCGCCCACCCUGGCUGCCACACCGCCCUGAGUGGGGGGCAUCACCCAGACGUCCUAAGCCCAGACAAAGACACCAUGUGACCUGCUCUGACAACCCCCUAGACCUGUAACCACACACCCAAACUACACCACCCACAGCUUGGUGGAGAAGAUGGCAGAGGGCAGGGGGCAAGGGGUAGUGACCGUA